CUUUUAUCUCUCAUCGCCUCCCUACAUUAAAGCAGAGAAGCGAAUUCUCAAUCUCUAACCCUAAUUCCUUCUACUUUCAAACCAUCAACAAUGGCGGAAAGAGGCGGCGACCGUGGAGGAUUUGGUCGUGGAUUUGGAUCCCGUGGCGGUCGCGGUGGUGACCGUGGAAGAGGUCGCCGAAGGGGAGGAAGAAGAGAGGAAGAAGAGAAAUGGGUACCAGUCACAAAACUAGGCCGUCUUGUAAAGGACAAGAGAAUCACAUCUCUUGAACAAAUUUACCUUCAUUCGCUUCCCAUCAAAGAACACCAGAUCAUUGAUGAAUUAACCGGAAGUCUCAAAGAUGAGGUUAUGAAGAUUAUGCCCGUGCAGAAACAGACACGUGCUGGACAAAGGACCCGAUUCAAGGCCUUUGUUGUUGUGGGAGAUGGAAAUGGUCAUGUCGGUUUGGGUGUUAAGUGUUCUAAAGAAGUUGCAACUGCUAUUCGUGGAGCUAUUAUAUUGGCUAAAUUGAGUGUGAUUCCUGUAAGGAGAGGUUUUUGGGGGAACAAGAUUGGGAAACCACAUACUGUCCCUUGUAAGGUAACCGGGAAAUGUGGGUCUGUUACUGUUAGGAUGGUUCCUGCUCCUCGUGGUGCUGGUAUUGUUGCUGCUAGGGUUCCUAAGAAGGUUCUUCAAUUUGCUGGUAUUGAAGAUGUAUUUACAUCUUCUCGUGGAUCUACCAAGACUCUUGGUAAUUUUGUCAAGGCAACCUUUGAUUGUUUGAUGAAGACUUAUGGUUUCUUGACCCCUGAUUUGUGGAAGGAGACCCGCUUCACCAAGUCUCCAUUCCAGGAGCACACCGAUUACCUUGCUAAGCCAAUGGGCAAACUUACUUUGAUUGAAGAUGUUGAAAGGGUUGAAGCUUAAGUAUAAGUUAUCAAUGUCUUUAGGUUUAAUGUUAUUAUGUUCAUGGUUAUGAGAGAACAACAAUGCAGUUUUGGUUUUUUGCUGGAGACUAUUUUCUCUGUCAGUUUCAUAUAAAUGCUACUCCUUUAGUGUUUAUUAUGGACAAACUAGUAAUGGUUUGAUUCUCAUUUGCUAUUAUUGUUCCCUAUUGUCAGCUUUAUAAAA